AUGGCCAUCAACCGAAAUGUCAUCAUCUUUGGUGCAACAGGCGAUGUUGGCUCUGCGGCAGCGCUGCAAGCUCACCAAGAAGGCGCCAACGUCACUCUCGCCGUCCGAGACACCACCAAGCCAAUCCCAAAGUUGAGUAGCUACACGUUCAACAAGAUCGCAGCGGACCUCACCAAGCCUGAAACCGUCGAAGCUGCCGUGCGCAAAUCCGGUGCCACGGUGGCUUUUAUAUACGUUGUCGGGGACGGCAAAAUGCGAGACAGUCUACGGGCCCUUCGAGACGGCGGUAUCGAGAAUGUCGUCUUCCUGAGCAGCUUCACUGUCGUGGGUGAUAUUCGCUCCACGCCAUCUUCCGACUUCAUCGCCUUCCGUCACGCGCAAGUGGAGAUUGAGCUCGAGGAGGUGUUUGGGCAGGAGAAUUUUGUUGCGAUCCGCCCGGCUUAUUUCUCGAGCAAUUCGCUGGCAUCUAAACAGGGUAUCAUCGAAGGAAAAGUCGAGCUACCCAAUCCUGAUGCCGAGUUUGAUUUUAUUUCCCCGGAUGAUGUGGGACGCGUCUCCGGCAAAAUCCUCGCACAUGGUGGCCCAGAGCAUGUUGUAGGGAUCGUUGGACGGGAGAGACUGGCUCUGAAAGACGCGAUGGGGGUGAUUGGCAGUGUUCUGGGAAAAUCUAUUCAAGUUGUCAGAAUUGGAGAGGAAGACGCGUUGAAGCAGAUGUGUGAUAUUGGAAUUCCUCCGCCAGUUGCCGCUUGGAUGGUCCAUGACGCGGUGCACGACGCAGGAAAGUCCCUUCGUGCAGCCGAAUACCCGGAAGCGUUGGGUAAUGUCCUGAAGUACACAGGAAAUGCUGCGCUCAGUCUUGAGCAGUGGGUUAGGGAAAACAGACAAAGGUUUGAGCCUUGA